AAAGCCUCAAUGAAUGUUUGGUAUGACCGUUCGUGAUUAAUAUUCCUUAUCUUUGCCUCUUUUCCUUUUAAAGAAUUGACCAGUUUAUCUGAGUGUACGAACAUUUCAAGAUGGCAGUAUUUGCACUUGUCUUUCUGUCAGUCUUUGCAUAUGCUGCAGCGGUGAACAGCAACUGUCCAGCGCAUUUACCCAAAACAGACAAUUUACGUGAAUUCAGAACAAGCUGUUACGAGUUCAUAUUGGACCAUCCAGGAGACUGGCAUCAUGCCGAGGCUGACUGUAGAUCAAGGGGAGGUCAUCUUGUAGACAUUCAUGAUUACGCCGAGGAAGCAUUCCUCUUCAAUACAUGCCAG